ACCCUGCAGCAAAGAAAGAUAGAUUCUAUUAAAGCAGAAGCUAUUCUGAAGCGAAGGCCAGCCUUACUUUAGGUUUGCGUUUCUCUACCAUCAGGAGUAAUUUUCCGGUCCUGCAACUGUAUCUGCAUCUACUUGAGUAAGUAUAAACUUGUUCGUACUGCUUGGUACUGGUAACACUGUCUAGGUCUUGGUCUACUUACGUAAUUAUAAAGUUGGUUAAGCUACAGAAAAUCAUCAUCAUGACGGACUUUGUGACAUGGGAAAAGAAGGCUAAAAACCUGGUAUGAGAGUGCACAACACCCCCUCCUUGUCGCCCUCAUUUAAAGGGUGCGCAGCCCCGGGAGAAAUCGAAAUUGUGGCUUCCGCAUGGACAUGUGAAUUGUAGCAUUUUUUUCUGCUUCGGCUUCAAAAAUUGCGACGCGAACAGUUGUGCUCAAAGACAAGGUACAUUUGGUAUUUUGCAUCACAAUGAAUGAGGGGGGAGCUGGGGUGCACCCUCAUACCUGGUCGACGAGUGCGAGAAGCAGGAGGAGGCGGAGAAAGACGCGAGCAACAAAGACCUGGGCAUCGACCCCGACCGGGUGGAGGGACCGCCGGUGGCCGCGGCGAGGCAGCAAUUGCAUUAUGCAUUGCAAAUCUUCAAGUAAGUAUCGUAUUGCGUACAUAUUGCAUAUACAAAUUCUUUUUCUUUCAGCAUGAACGAGAGUAGAGGUUGUGGUCAUGUUAGUCUACCUUGGGAAGGAGCUGAUUUGUCAUGCAUGUCCGCAAAAAGAUAGAGGGAUUACGAUAUUUUUGCAGUGGAUACGCAGGAGCUGAAGACGAUUUCGGAGGACCGCCGGAACUUGAUCGGGAAGAUCACCAACAAGGAAAUCACGCUUUCAAAUGUUGUGGCGAACAAAAUCCAGUCUAGUAGGACGACGCCGAACAGCACGACGGAAGAUGCUGUUCUUGAAGGAACAUCUUCUAUUGCUGCCAGUGCAGAAGCGGCUGCCCCAGGAGCUGCAGCAUCAACAUCGACCACCAACGUCGACGUCUCCUCUUCAUCCACCACGACCACUACUGGUGCAAGAACGGCGAGUAAUCCUACUUCGCAAAACAACCCCGCCCGCGGCUCGUCCUCUUCGUCCCUAGAUCCUGAAACGGCCCGCCUGGUUGAUUCCACGUUUCUGGAGAAGCCGGGCUACAUUGAAGUCCAGGCGGUCGAGAAGGGCGUGCGGAUCGAAAACGCGAAGGACAGCACGAUCCGGUUCAAGGGCAAAGUGUGGAAAAUUUUCGUGGCCAACUGCGAAAACUGCCGCAUCGAGGUGGACGCGGAAGUGUCUACGUCCAGCUCCGAGGUGUACAACAGCAAAGACUGCGUCCUCUACUACCGCUGCGCGAUGGAAUCCGUGCAGGUGGACGCGUGUCAGCGCGUGCAGUGCUACUGGAGCGAAGAGGCGUUUUUCAAGUACGUCGUCAGCCACGCGUGCGCGGACUUGGAGUACUACUUCGACGACAAACUGCAGGAAGUAGUGGUGGUGGACGACGAGGACGAGGUGGAUCGUGGCAUAAACACUAGUAGUGCAUCAACAACAGCCGAGGGGGCAUCCGCAUCCGCAUCACAAGACAAAGACCCCAAGAUGCAAGUGCAAUACCUGACCGCGGUAGAACCAAAAACGAAGAAACUCGUGACGAUGCCGGUGCAGCGCGACGCGGAAAAGGAAUUCCCGGUUUUCUUUGGCGGCGACCAACAGAUGCAAGCGGGCGCUGGCGGCGCCGGGGGCGGUGUGCGACCAGCAACGGGCGAAGUCGGCGGAGGUACUAGCAAUGGGCAUUUGCACUUCUCUGGUGGUGCUUCGAAUGGAACCACAACUCCUGAGGCAAAUCGUGCCGCAGCGCUGAGAAAGAAGGAGGAGGGGAUAUCAAAUGCAAAAAUGUCUGGGGCUGGAAGAAUGCAGGAGUUUGUCAUGCAGAUUUUGCAUGACCCAUGAGGUCUUUGAUGCAUGACCUAGCAUCAGAGAUUUUGCGAGGGCUUUCUGAUGCUCAUACCGCAUGAGAAACGCCCUCUCCGCGUAGCACAAAUUACACCUCUUUUGCUUUUCAUGCAAUACAGAUUUUAUGUAGAUUCCAAAAGUAGCAUCACAAGUCGUAUCCUUCCAGACCCAGCCACUUUUGCAAUCCAUAGAGGAACGCGGCUUUCAAAACGAGCGACUUCAUGCAGGCAGCGGCCUUUUACACACUUUCGCUUGAGGUACAUAGAGUACUGCUCGUAUAGACAUGAUACAUCCUUCCAUGGCUCCUUAUGAGCGAAUGAGUAAAGAAAAAGAAGUACUUAGUAAUCUUGGUAGUUUGAUGUGAAGUGCAUCGGGUUUGGAACACUGCACACUAUGUUGUAUAACUGCAAACUGACCCACCCAACACCAACGUAAAAUCAAAAUGACAGGCCUACCCCGACCCGGUCGUGUUGGCCAACCGGGCUCAGUGCUGGUUGAAAACGGGGGAAUUCGGGAAAGCCAUCAAGGUAUCAAUUGCAAAAGUGUCUGGGUCUGGGAGAUUCUGAAACCUGUUAUGCACGUUUUGCAUGAGCCAUGAUGUCUGUGAUGCAUGCCGUAGCAUCACAGAUUUUUCGAGGGCUUCUUGAUGCCUAUUUCGCAUGACAAAUACCGUAUCCGCGUAGCAAAAAUUACACUCACUUUGCUACUCAUGCAAUACAAAUUUUUUUGGAAUCCAAAUGCAGCAUCACAAGUUGCAUUCUUCCAGACCCAGACACUUUUGCAUUUGAUACAAGGACUGCGAAGAGGCCAUCACGCUGGACGAGGGCAACCCGAAGGCGUGGUUCCGGCAGGGGAUGGCGCGGCACGGGUUGGCCACCGGCUUGGAGAAGGACAAAACCGCGGAGGCCAAAUCCUCGGCGGAACGGGAGUAUCCUGUGCAAAAGUAUCGUACUCGUAGUAAUUGCGUUUAUGCAUUACAAAUAUCUUUCUCAACGGUAAAUCAGCAUUACAAAUUCAAUUUGUAAUGCUGGGCUAAUUUGCAAUGCAAUUUAUCUUAGCACGAUGCUUUUGCAUUGCAUAGAGAGUUCAAGCUGGCCUUGGACUGCCUCGGCAAGGCGGAAAAACUGGACCCAAAGAACAAACAAAUCACCGACGCGAUCGGCAUGGUCAGCCUUAAAAUGAGGAGACAACUUGCAGCGUAAGUAAGCUUCACCCUCGGGGGCUGCUGCAGUCGAAGCACAACUGCUCCGCGUCGUCCAAGGGAGUUGUGAUGAAGCUGCUCAAGUUUAGUUUUAUUUCACGACGCGUUCACGUAGAAGUACCAAGUAUAUCAGGCGAGCGACUGUUGAACCUCUCUUCUCGGGUCGUAUUGAGAAGCAGGAGUGCUAUGAAAGAAAGUACUCUGUAGUACCAACUUAAGCUUAACUAGUAUCGCGAAAAUAAGCAC